AUGGAUACCAAGAUUGAAGAGGAACUACUGAGUUGUCAUGAGAGACUCUACGAAACAUGCAUCGAAGACUUGUCGCGUAAUGGCCGCAAACAAGUAUACUCUGAUAACAUGAGUUUAAAAGAUCUAGAUAUUUGGCGGAGGGAGACUAUGCCAGAGAUACUUAAAACACGAUUCACAAAGAAACAUGGAAUCUGGCUCGAAAAGGCUGAACUAGAGAGGCUCAUGGAGUGGAAACUGUCCAGGGGAAAGUUUCGUCCCACCCUACCGAAGCUGAUUCAAAGUAAUGAUCCUGUCAAAGUUCAAGAAUACACCGAGCAGGCAUUUAGCGUAAUAAUUGAUUAUUGCGACUCGAGCAAAGAUAACGACAACGAAUUCACUACUGCGGUAAGAAAGUCAAUGGAGCUUGCUUGCCAACUGAGGGGCGUGGGACCAGCCACAUCCACGUUGAUCCUGUCACUAGCAGGUCCGACUUUAAGGAAAACUCUUAAUAAUAAGUUACGGGACAUCCCGUUUUUCUCAGAUGAGGUGUUUGAGAUCCUCAAUCCCGGAUAUGGCAAAAUCAAGUACUCUACAAAAGAGUAUUUUGAGCUUGUCCUGCCCAAGUUACUGUUGUUCAAAACAAGGGAGCUUCAGAAAAUUGAGGAAGCUCUAUGGUGUCUCCACAGAGCAGACAAGAUGUAUGGAAAACUAGAUGGCUCUCUGGCUAAUAUAUUGACCUCGGUCCAUAAGAUAACACGAGACGACCAAUUAGUGGCCACACCUCCAUCAAAACGCCGCAAAAAAUAG